AUGAUUCAUAAUAAUUUGGAUAUACAAAAUCAUCAUAUUGGUCCUAUGUGCUUUCUUAAAAUUCUAUAUUAUUUUCUAAAUAUUCCAGAUGAUACUAUUAAUACAGUAGAAAAUUAUACUGAAAACGUUUUAAAACAAUUUCUAGUUUUAGAAGCAUCAACAAACGAGAAGAUAUCGUAUCAUUUUAUACAUGCAAAACCAUCAGCUAUAUUUGAAAAUGUAUCUACACUUGCAAUUUUUAUCAAAGCAAUGAUUCAUUUUGUAUUAUUAUCAGUUGUUCAACAUAAAUGCUCUAUGUUCAACAUAACUUCACCAUUAGGGCCAUAUACUAUAUCAAACUUAAUUCAGAUCUUAAUACCACAUAUAAAUAUAUUACGGACACAUUGUACUUCAUGUCAAACUUCAAUUCCUUAUAUUUCAAUCGCUGAUAUAGCAUAUUUACUAGUACAAAAUAAAACAAAUGAAUGGGUGACAGCAAUUGAUAUAAAUGUUUACUCAAACAAUCAGCAAUUUCGUUUAUUUAAUAGUAUCAAAUAUGGAAAAAAUAAUCCUCUUAUUUUAUCCACUACAUUUCCUUUUGAUUCUCAAUUACAAUAUUCAUUUUCUGACCUUCUUAAAAAAUCUUUAAUUACAUUCAUCGAAAAUGACCAACUUCCAAAAAUCUAUUUUAAAAAUGAAAAAUUUGUAUUUGAUUUAUCGACUUCUUCUAAUUCAACUAUUACAAAACUACAAAAUUUUAUAAAUAUUGAACCAAUUAAUCAACAUAUGAAGCAUUCGUCUUUUUCUCAUUCGCAUCCAAAUAUUAAUACUAAUCAAAAUUUAUCACGUUCAUUACAUCCUAAUAAAAUUAAUAAUCUAAAUUUAUCUAUACCAGAUAUGUCAAUAUUUAUCGAUUUUGUUGAAAAUAUCAUUACAUCUGAUCCAUCUCAUCAAGGUUACAUAUGUUCAUGUGCUCGUGGUACUUAUAAUACAAAUUUAUUAUUUUUUAAUAUAGCAGGAAAAUAUAAAUUCUGCCCAAAGAAAAAUGGUCAUCAUCAACGUAAUAAUGUAGCUAUCAUGAUCAAUAAAAAAGACUAUACAUACAGUAUUCGAUGUAAAGAUAUUGAAUGUAAUAACACUAUUUUAUCUUGGAAAAAAAUUAAAUAG